AAGAGGAUCCGGUCACGUUUGUUUUGGCUGGAGGAUGAAACGCGCAUCGCACGGACACGAUGGGAAGGACGUCACUCAGGGCAGCGCGAUGAAGAAGCAGAGGGAGAGCCAGUGCACUCAGAAGACCAUCUCAUUGCUGAGCCCCCUGGGGACGAUCCAAGUCAGUGGAUGUGAGAAUGGUGUGCACACCAUCCAGAUCCUAAUGGAUGUCGCACCUGCUGAAAGGAGCGCCGGGGCCCCCCUGAGCUGUGUGGUCAACGAUAGCCCGGCAGAAACGAGCCCCGAGUUGCAGCGCGGCGUCGAAUGGCUCCAGGCGUACUUCAGUGAGCCGCGGACCACUGGGAGGCUCCCGCUCCCUGCCUUUCACCACCCCGCCCUGCAAGGAGACGCGUUCACCAGCCGCGUGCUGCACGUACUUCAGACGGAUGUGAAGUUUGGAGAGACAGUCUCGUACCAACGCCUCGCCGAGAUGGCGGGAAACCCCAGAGCGGCGCGAGCGGUGGGAGGGGCCAUGAGGAGGAACCCGAGCUGCAUUCCUCUCCUGUCUGUUUGUGCAUGUGCCAGGUUCCUCUCCUCAUUCCCUGCCACAGAGUCAUUUCGAGCAGUGGACAGAGUGGGCCGUACAUGAGCGGCAAGGGCGACCAUCUCAAACAAUGGCUGCUCACCCAUGAGAGGCAGAGAGGGGAAGGCUAAAGCAUGACAGGCCAACUGUCCUUCAUUCAGUCCACACUCACACACACACACACACACACACAUGUUCUCACACAAGGCCAGUAUUUUUUUUUUAGGAACACAAAACAGGUCCAUAAAGUUUAGCGUGCUUGGCACACACUAUGGAACAACUGGAGCUUGUUGUAAAUAUUCAUUUUAUACUCCUUUUUUUUUUUAAAUCUAAGAAUAGAGAUGCUGCAUUGUUAAUGUGAUACAGAGUUGUUGCAGAAUUAGAAUGUACAAAAAUAACUUAAACAGAGAACAGUAGGAAUUACAAACAUAUGCUCCCGUGGGUCUCUGUUGCCGUUUGCCAGAUAGUGCUGGAAUGGUUUUUCUAAAGAAUUAUUAUUCCCUUAAAAAUAUGUCUCUUGCAUUGUUGUUGUUGUUGUUUUUUUUUUUCCUAAGCAGAAUUAGUCUUUGUACCUCUCGUUGGUUUUUUAAUUUCCUGCCAAGUGAAUGCUUUGUUCAACAUCCAGUGAUAAAGGCUCUGAAUUUUACUGCUACAAAGCUUUGUAGUGAAGCAUUUGUUUAGUCUUCAUUUAGAUCUCAUUGUUUGCUCUCGCCUUAUAAACCACCUAGAGAAGAGAUGUCUUCUAUGCAUUGUAUACUGUGCUUGUGAUACAACAGACAUGCUUAAAUAAAUACAUCUCAAAAU